GGCGUGGGGGCCGCAGCGCCUCGGGGCUCUGGUUCCCGCCGUGCAUGGACCGGGGAGGCCCGAGGGGCGGCGGCGGAGGCCGGGCGUGGGGCGGCGGGGCCUGAGCCCGUCCCUGCAGCGUUGCGGGACGGCCCCGUUCCAGUCGCCCCCUCCUCGCUGCGGUGGCCUCGGGCCUGGGCGCGCCCCUACAGCUGCAGCGGAGCGGACUCUGUAAAUGCCGGUGCCCGCGGGCCCUCCUGAAUGCUUGUCUGCGCCUGAAGAGCGCGGCAUGUCCUGAAGCUGUCCACCGCCACCACUCGGGCAGUGCUUGUGCCUUUAGUCUGGCCCUUUGCAGCUGACAAGCGUGACUUGGUGUCGGGUGGUUCGUGGGAAGCCGGGGUUUCAGGAGUCCGAGUACUUCCUUGUUUGCCUUUGUCGCUGGCGGACUUGUCUCCAUUCCAGGUGCCCAGAGCGAGUGGGGCCGGGCGUUGUCACGGGUAUCAUGAUAUUAGCUGGUUUGACCUCAAGCCAUUUGAGUCAUUAGAUCUCCUGAAAAUGGGAGACACAGUGGGGCCCCUCCCAGGAGCUCUUGGCUGUUGCUGAUGGCAGAAACCAAGCUUGUCGAAGGUUCACUUGUAGCCCCACGGCGUCAGUGCAGCUGGUGUCGUCCUGACCAUGGACGGCGCGUCGGCCGAGCAGGAUGGCCUCCAGGAGGACAGAUCCCACGGUGGCCCCUUGGCUCUCCCCGAGGGCCCCCUGAAGCCCCCAGGCCCAGUGGUGCCACCUGACCAGCAGGACAAAGCCCAGUGUGCUGAGGUAAACAGAGCUUCCACGGAAGGAGAAAGCCCGGACGGACCUGGCCAGGGAGGCCUCUGUCAGAACGGGCCAAUGCCACCCUCACCAGACCCUCCGUCAUCUCUCGACCCCACCACAAGCCCAGUGGGCCCUGAUGCCUCUCCAGGUGUGGCUGGUUUCCAUGACAACCUAAGGAAGGCUCAGGGAACUAGUGCUGAGGGCAGUGUUAGAAAAGAAGCUUUGCAGUCUCUCAGACUCAGUCUUCCUAUGCAAGAAACGCAACUGUGCUCUACAGAUGCUUCCCUGCCGCUGGAGAAGGAGGAGCAGGUCCGACUUCAGGCUCGGAAGUGGCUGGAAGAGCAGCUCCAACAGUACAGGGUGAAGCGCCAGCAGGAGCGGUCCAGUCAACCUGCAACCAAAACGAGACUUUUUAGUACGCUUGAUCCUGAGCUCAUGUUAAACCCAGAAAACUUACCAAGGGCCAGCACCGUGGCUAUGACAAAAGAAUAUUCCUUCCUGCGCACCAGUGUCCCUCGGGGACCUAAGGUGGGCAGCCUGGGGCUUCCGGCACACCCUAAGGAGAAAAAAAGUUCCAAAUCAAGCAAAAUCCGGUCUCUGGCUGAUUACAGAACCGAAGAUUCCAAUGCUGGGAAUUCCGGGGGAAACGUUCCGGUUCCCGAUUCUACCAAGGGUUCCCUGAAGCAGAACAGAAGCAGCGCAGCUUCCGUUGUGUCUGAGAUCAGCCUGUCCCCCGACACUGACGACCGUCUGGAAAAUGCCUCCCUGGCUGGAGACAGCGUGUCUGAGGUGGAUGGAAAUGACAGCGACAGCUCAUCGUACAGCAGCGCCUCCACCCGAGGGACCUAUGGCGUUUUGUCGAAGACGGUGGGCACGCAGGACACCCCCUAUAUGGUCAACGGCCAGGAGAUUCCUGCGGAUACGCUGGGCCAGUUCCCCUCGAUUAAGGACGUCCUCCAGGCUGCAGCCGCUGAGCACCAAGACCAGGGGAAGGAGGUCAACGGGGAGGUGCGGAGUCGGAGAGACAGCAUUGGCAGCAGCGUGUCCUUGGAGAGCUCUGCAGCAGAAACGCAGGAGGACAUGCUGCAGGUGCUCAAAGAGAAAAUGCGACUCGAAGGACAGCUGGAAGCCUUGUCACUGGAGGCGAGUCAGGCACUUAAAGAGAAGGCUGAGCUACAGGCCCAGCUGGCCGCCCUCAGCACGAAGCUGCAGGCACAGGUGGAGUGCAGCCACAGCAGCCAGCAGCGGCAGGAUUCGCUCAGCUCCGAGGUGGACACUUUGAAGCAGUCGUGCUGGGACCUGGAGCGAGCCAUGACCGACCUGCAGAACAUGCUGGAGGCAAAAAAUGCCAGCCUGGCAUCGUCCAACAACGAUUUGCAGGUGGCCGAGGAGCAGUAUCAGAGGCUCGUGGCCAAAGUGGAGGACAUGCAGAAGAGCAUGCUCAGCAAGGACAACACAGUGCACGACCUGCGGCAGCAGAUGACAGCUUUGCAGAGCCAGCUUCAGCAGGUGCAGCUGGAGCGGGCGACGCUGACCAGCAAGCUAAAGGCGUCACAGGCGGAGAUCUCGUCCCUGCAGAGUGUCCGGCAGUGGUACCAACAGCAGCUCGCCCUGGCCCAGGAGGCCCGCGUCAGGCUGCAGGGUGAGAUGGCUCACAUCCAGGUUGGACAGAUGACCCAGGCAGGUCUCCUGGAGCACCUGAAACUCGAGAAUGUGUCCCUGUCCCAGCAGCUAACGGAAACUCAGCACAGGUCCAUGAAGGAGAAGGGACGUAUCGCGGCACAGCUGCAGGGUAUUGAGGCUGACAUGUUGGAUCAGGAAGCAGCCUUCCUGCAGAUUCAGGAGGCAAAGACGAUGGUGGAGGAGGACCUCCAGAGGAGGCUGGAAGAGUUUGAAGGCGAGAGGGAGCGGCUGCAGAGGAUGGCAGACUCGGCGGCAUCCCUGGAGCAGCAGCUGGAGCAGGUGAAGUUGACUUUGCUCCAGCGAGACCAGCAGCUUGAGGCUUUGCAGCAGGAGCACCUGGACCUGAUGAAACAGCUCACCUUGACUCAGGAGACUCUGCAGAGCAGGGAGCAGUCCCUCGAUGCCCUGCAGACACACUACGAUGAGCUGCAGGCCAGGCUGGGGGAGCUGCAGGGCGAGGCCGCCACCAGGGAGGACACGAUCUGCCUCCUGCAGAAUGAGAAGAUCAUUUUGGAGGCGGCUCUGCAGGCGGCCAAGAGUGGCAAGGAGGAGUUUGACAGAGGAGCGAGACGCUUGGAAGAAGGUACCGAGGAAACGUCGGAAACUUUAGAGAAGUUGAGAGAAGAAUUGGCCAUCAAGUCCGGCCAGGUGGAACACCUGCAGCGGGAGACUGCCACUCUGAAAAAGCAAACGCAAAAAAUAAAGGAACAGUUUCUUCAACAAAAGGUGAUGGUGGAGGCCUACCGGCGCGACGCCACCUCCAAAGACCAGCUCAUCAGUGAGCUGAAAGCCACCAGGAAGAGGCUGGACUCGGAGCUGAAGGAGCUGCGGCAGGAGCUGAUGCAAGUGCACGGGGAGAAGCGGGCCGCGGAGGCGGAGCUCUCGCGCCUGCAGAGAGAGGCGGCCCAGGUCCGUCAGCAGAUGGCCGACCUUGAAGGGCAUCUCCAGUCAGCGCAGAAGGAGCGAGACGAGAUGGAAACACACUUGCAGUCGUUGCAGUUCGAUAAGGAGCAGAUGGUUGCGGUCACAGAGGCCAAUGAGGUGCUGAAGAAACAAAUUGAAGAGUUGCAGCAAGAAGCCCGAAAGGCCAUCACGGAACAGAAGCAGAAGAUGAGGCGGCUGGGCUCAGACUUGACCAGCGCCCAGAAGGAGAUGAAGACCAAACACAAGGCCUACGAGAAUGCUGUGGGCAUCCUCAGCCGCCGCCUGCAGGAGGCCCUUGCGGCCAAGGAGGCUGCGGACGCGGAGCUGGGCCAACUCCGAGCCCAGGGCGGCAGCGGUGACGGCAGCCUGGCUCUACAUGAAAGGAUCCAGGCCCUGGAGGCGGAGCUGCAGGCUGUCAGUCACAGCAAGACUCUGCUGGAAAAGGAACUGCAGGAGGUCAUUGCGCUGACCAGCCAGGAGCUGGAGGAGUCCCGGGAGAAGGUGCUGGAGCUGGAGGACGAGCUUCAAGAAUCCAGAGGCUUUAGGAAGAAGAUAAAACGCCUGGAGGAGUCGAACAAGAAGUUAGCUCUCGAAUUAGAGCAUGAGAAAGGGAAGCUUACGGGCCUUGGACAGUCCAACGCAGCUCUGCGGGAACACAACAGCAUCCUAGAAACAGCUUUGGCCAAGAGGGAGGCAGACCUAGUCCAGUUGAACCUUCAGGUGCAGGCGGUUUUGCAGCGCAAAGAGGAGGAGGAUCGCCAGAUGAAGCAGCUUGUCCAGGCCCUGCAGGCCUCACUAGAGAAGGAGAAGGAGAAGGUGAACAGCCUUAAGGAGCAGGUGGCCGCUGCCAAGGUGGAAGCUGGGCACAACCGCCGCCACUUCAAGGCGGCCUCCUUGGAGCUGAGUGAGGUGAAGAAGGAGCUGCAGGCCAAGGAACACCUGGUGCAGAAGCUUCAGGCUGAGGCCGACGACCUUCAGAUUCGGGAGGGGAAACAUUCCCAGGAGAUAGCACAGUUCCAAGCAGAGCUGGCCGAGGCCCGGGUGCAGCUUCAGCUCCUGCAGAAGCAGCUGGACGAGCAGCUCAGUAAACAGCCUGUGGGAAACCAAGAGAUGGAAAAUCUCAAAUGGGAGGUGGAUCAGAAAGAAAGAGAAAUCCAGUCCUUGAAGCAGCAGCUGGACUUGACGGAGCAGCAGGGCAGAAAGGAACUGGAAGGGCUACAGCAGCUGCUGCAGAAUGUCAAGUCUGAGUUGGAGAUGGCCCAGGAAGAUCUGUCCAUGACCCAGAAGGAUAAAUUCAUGCUCCAGGCAAAAGUGUCGGAGCUGAAGAACAAUAUGAAGACCCUGCUCCAGCAGAACCAGCAGCUCAAGCUGGACCUGCGCCGCGGUGCGGCCAAGACGAGAAAGGAGCCAAAAGGCGAGGCCAGCUCUUCUAACCCUGCCACGCCCAUCAAGAUCCCCGACUGUCCGGUUCCCGCCUCGCUGCUGGAGGAGCUGCUGAAGCCACCGCCUGCUGUGAGCAAGGAGCCCCUCAAGAACCUGAACAGCUGCCUCCAGCAGCUCAAGCAGGAGAUGGACAGCCUGCAGCGCCAGAUGGAGGAGCACACCCUCACGGUGCACGAGUCUCUGUCCUCGUGGACUCCGGUGGAACCAGCCACUGCCAGCCCUGCGCCCCCUGGGGGUCAUGCCAACCCACGUGGCAAUGCCCAGAGACACAGUCAGAGCAGGGCUUCCAAAGAAGGGCCGGGACAGUGACUGCUGCGGACUCGCCUCCGUGUCCCGCUGUCCAGAAUGCUGUCUUAUCCAUGUUAUUUAUUCGAUUGUGUGGCCGAUGUUUUUCUAGACAUGAAACUUAAAUUUUGUUUUGCCUUUAACAAGGAGUAAAAUAUAGAACAGAAUGAGAGCCAAGGAGUAGAAAAACAUUCGAAGAUUACAAUUAGCUUUUCCCAUGGAAUGACCAAAUCUUAAAAGCCUAAUAGGCUCUCAGCGAGGAGCUUCGCACGUGUCUGAAGGGUUAUUUGUAGGACAUGUCUUCUGAACGGUCACCGAUGCUGCUCUCUGCAGGUGAUGGGGAGAGGCUGCACGACGGGGUGUGCGGCACCAGUGCCCGGCCAGGCCGGCUGCAGUCUCAGUUCCCUGUUGCGUUCAGUAAGAGCUUUACUUUUCUGCAGAAAUGAAAUUUUAUUUGCACCUUUGGCUUUUUGCUUGUUUUUUUGGAUAGCCAUCCCACCAUAGGAUGUGUACGUAGACAAUGAAGAUCAUAACCCAACCUUUUUUUUUUUUUUUUUUUGAGAUGGAGUCUCGCUCUGUUGCCCAGGCUGGAGUGCGGUGGCACCAUCUUGGCUCACUGCAAGCUCUGCCUUCCGGGUUCACGCCAUUCUCCUGCCUCAGCCUCUCGAGUAGCUGGGAUUACAGACACUCGCCACCACACCAGGCUAGUGUUUGUAUUUUUAGUAGAGAUGGGGUUUCACCGUGUUGGUCAGGCUGCUUACGAACUCCUGACCUCAAGUGAGCCGCCCACCUCAGCCUCCCAAAGUGCUGGAAUUACAGGCAUGAGCCACCGCGCUCAGCCUGUAACCCAAUCUUUAACAAGCGUAUGCUCAUAUUAUUUAAGAAGAACGUAUUUGUCUUAUUAUUGAUUGCCUUUUGAAAAUUAGUUGGGAAUAAUUUACCUGUAGGAUUUGGGGAUGUCAGAAAAUUCUGUUCUAAGAAAUAUAAUUAUUUUAUUUACCUUCUAAAGCCAAAUAUUCUUACACAGAAAGGUCCUCUGUUGUUCUGGUUUUACUUUGUUGCUAAGGGUCUUUCCUUCCUGCCGGUCUUCCUCUCAGGCCACUGGUCCUGUGAUUCCACCACGGCUGGCCACCGGGAAGGGGCAGCUCGGACCCUGGGUCAGGCCUGGAGGCCAUCAGGAGGCACAAGGACACUGAGGCCCCGUAUCUGAUCUGACCUUCGUGGGGCACAGGGAGAGGCCAGAGGGAGCGGAAGGAAGGUGGUGCAGGAGGAGGAGGAGGAGAGCAGGCCAGGGGCUCCCUGCGGCGACUCCUGCCGUUUCUCCUGGAGCCACAGCCAGGUGUAGAUAGCAGGUGGUAACAAGCCUCACACUUCUAUGCCCAAGUGAAAAUCUUUACCAGUGUCUGGGGGAGCGCCUGUACUCGUGCAGUCACCAAGAGAAGUCCUGGGUCCUUUGUGCUUACACCAGCAUCAUGUGGAGAGCAGAGGCGAUUUCCGGGAGAGACAGGCCAGCACCGUGAGGAGGGUGGCUGUGCUCUCCCCAGGUGUCUCAGAAACAGAUGCCUUAUUUAAAAUCAGCACUACAUGUGUGAGAUCUUCCGUUUCCUACCCAACUCCUGAAACAUUGCAGACACUGACUGGGAGAGUUGGGGUCUGUAAGUUGUCCCCUAGUUUGUUAAGAAAAUCUAAUAUUUAUUGUAUGAGGAGAGAGAGAGAAUGGGUCCGUGUGGCCUCCUUUGCAGAGGUAUGGGUCUGAAACGAGGUUCUGAGUGUCACUGGCCAGGCCAGAUGUGCUCAUGUCCGUAUCUUGUGUCUGUUUUGUGGAGAAAAGAGUAUGGUAUGUUUAUGCUAUUUGUGUUCUGUUGUAAUAUACUUUUAGAAGGUUAAUUGGUAAGGUUAAGGUAGCAUUAACCACAAAGAUGUUUGGUAUUUAAAAAAUAUUCUCUAGCAAGUAUUAGAACUUCCAAAAUAUAUAUAUCAUUUGUACAGGGUUAAUUUUGAAAUAAUACUUGAAAAUUUCAUUAUAAAUAUAUCCUUAUCUUAAGUUGAAGAUGUUAUUUACUAAAUUGUUCUUGUACCAUUAGAAAAGAAAAAUACAGUAAUUUACAUUCUUA